AGACAAAUGGACUUUAAACGAAUCUUUCAUAUGCAUUUGACUAGUUAGAGCCUUGAGGGAACUUUUUUUUCUUUUUUAUAUAUAGAAGUACUAAACCUUUUCACAUUUCAGAGCUAACAACAAUAAGCAAGCAUUGCAAAGAUGAGUCUCAAUGGAGGUGAUGUGGUAGUAAGUACUCAGAUGGAGGAAGCACCCACUUUUGCUCCUUGCUUACCUGUACCUAAUAUUCAAGAAACUGUGAGGAAGAAUCCUUUGAAGGUUCCUGAAAGAUAUGUUCGGAGUGAAGAAGAAAUUGAAAAAGUUCUUUAUAUGCCUCACUUUUCAUCUCAGGUCCCAGUCAUUGAUUUUGGACUACUCUCACAUGGGAACAAGAAUGAGCUAUUGAAAUUGGACAUAGCAUGCAAGGAGUGGGGUUUCUUUCAGAUAGUGAACCAUGGCAUGGAAAUAGACCUGAUGCAGAGAUUGAAGGAUGUAGUAGCAGAGUUUUUUGAUUUAUCAAUAGAAGAGAAGGACAAGUAUGCAAUGCCGCCAGAUGAUAUACAAGGAUAUGGGCAUACUUCUGUUGUUUCCGAGAAACAGAUACUUGACUGGUGUGAUCAACUGAUUUUACUCGUUUACCCCACUCGGUUCAGGAAGCCUCAAUUUUGGCCUGAAACCCCUGAGAAAUUGAAAGAUACAAUCGAGGCAUAUUCAAGCGAAAUUAAACGAGUUGGUGAGGAACUUAUCAAUUCUCUGUCAUUAAUUUUCGGGUUGGAAGAACACGUUCUUCUUGGACUACAUAAAGAAGUACUUCAAGGUUUACGUGUGAACUAUUAUCCUCCUUGUAACACACCAGAGCAAGUAAUUGGGUUGACUCCACACUCUGAUGCAAGCACAGUUACAAUAGUUAUGCAAGACGAUGAUGUAACUGGGUUAGAAGUUCGAUACAAAGGAAAUUGGGUACCAAUUAAUCCAAUACCAAAUGCUUUAGUGGUCAAUCUUGGAGAUGUAAUAGAGGUACUGAGUAAUGGAAAAUACAAGAGUGUGGAGCAUAGAGCUAUGACAAAUAAGAACAAGAGAAGGACUUCUUUUGUAUCAUUUUUGUUCCCCCGGGAUGAUGCUGAACUUGGGCCCUUUGAUCAUAUGAUAGAUGAUCAAAAUCCCAAGAUGUACAAGGAAAUCACUUAUGGAGAGUAUUUGAGGCACACCUUGAAUAGGAAAUUGGAAGGAAAAACACAGACCGAUGCGACGAAGAUAAAGGAAUGUGGGAUUUAAAAACAUAUGAAAAUAGAAGUGUUCCAUCAUGUUACUCUUUUAUGUUGUCAAUUGUGUCUAUAUUUUUUUUUAUCCUUUUGUGUUAAUCCCCCAGUUCUGCGAAGAAGGGUCCUAGUAAUCCGGAAUAAAAUAAAGUGUUCCAUCAUGUUUCUAUUUCAUGUUGACAAUUGUGCUUGUAAAAUUCUUAAAUGAAUGAAGUUAUGCCUGUUUACUUGGUUGGUAGUAUCCUUGACACUGAAA